AACUUACUCUAAUUCAACAACAGUUCUUCGUGUGUGCUGUAACAUAAGGUAACAGAACCUGCCGCUGUUUCUUCCCAAGUCGAUCAUAGCUUCAGAGAAACGCUUUCUUCUCACCAAGAAAGGAGGACGACCCUUUAUGGCGACCAACGAGAGUGAAAGUAUAGUAGCACCGUUUAAAGCAACAAUUAUCAUUAGCACAACACUGCAGGAUCACGAAGCAUCUAGAUCACUAAGUGCACAGCAGCAUCGGAUUCGACACUCAGACUCAGUCGAAUCUGGGACGUUCAUUUUCCCGCAGUCAGGUGUGGCAUUUAUGCUUGUCACUACUCAAGAAUUCCAUGAGAGCCCUAAUGAAGCAGGUCUAUUUGAAAAAAUUGAGAAGUUCACACAGAUUCACCGAAAUUGUUUCCUUAUGCUAUUAGCCUCACUCCAUGGAGAGAAAGAACAGCGGAUACUGUCCACAGUUCAGCACAGAUUCUUUGGCAGCAAUCUCCGCAUCUUACCAGUGCAUAAUGUUGCUGAGAUGGUGAAAGGCAUGCUUUCCAUUGCUAAGGCUACCAGUAAUCCUCAUGUGGUGAAGGUGCGGGAUCGGAUGUCCCUGGCAAAAGCCCACUUCAUUGAGCAUAGCCCAGUCUGGGAGAUGCUGCGGGACAUGCAGCUAAAAUGGGAGUACUGAAUCCUGACCACUCCACUGGCACUCCCCUCAGAGCAGCAUCCGAAUUUUGACACAGACCCAGAAUUGAUCCAGAACCAACAUAGUUUUAUUAAUCGUUUUAAAGCAUUUUAUUCAUGGUUACAGAUUGAAAUAUGCAUUCUUUUUAAAAAGAAAGAGGGGAGUGACCAUGUCUGCCUAAAGUUGCACCUUGCCAAAUGUUGCCUGUUAU